AUGCCCGCCGUCGAUAUAAAAACCACGGGUGCAAAGCCUGAUUUGUCCGCAAAAUUAGCUGAACUACGCGCCAGCAAGACAAGACGUUCCCCUCCUACUGUCCGCCAACAACAAGAUCCGCCACCAGUAACGCCAGCUCUGCCUUCUCCCAUCGAUCUCUCUUCGCACACAUUCAGCCGACCAGCCCGUCGUAUUCUAUCUCCUAAAGACCUUGACGCAUUCGCAUCUUCUCCCGCGUACACCCUUAUCCUCGCGUUCAUAUUCGGUCUAUCAGACAAGGUCCGCGGGCGGGCCGUCACAGACGUUCAGAAUGAUAAUGUACCUGAUAACAUCGAAAAUAUUCUACGCAUAAUCGAUUUAUUGGGCUCUUUAGUAGAGAAGAAUCCUGCAGAAGACCAAGGAGGAUCCCGAUUCGGCAACCCUGCGUUCCGUGCCCUUUUCGACGAUACUGCGUCCCAGAGCCCGGAAUGGCAUCGCGAGAUACUAGGAAUCCAAAAUACAGAGGCCGUGGAUGAGAUAUCAACAUAUCUGAUACAUUCCCUUGGGUCACGAGACCGACUCGAUUAUGGCUCUGGACAUGAACUCCAUUUCAUGAUGUGGCUGUUGUGUCUGUACGAGUUGCGAAUCGUGUCUAUUACAGAUUUCCCUAUGCUUGUUUUCAAGGUUUAUUACAGCUAUAUGCAACUAAUGCGUCGGAUACAAACGACGUAUUAUCUUGAACCGGCUGGGUCGCAUGGUGUUUGGGGGCUAGACGAUUACCAUUUCCUCCCUUUCCUGUUUGGAGCUUCUCAGCUCGUGGAACAUCCCUACAUCACACCUCGCGCUAUUCACAGCAGCGCCGUGCUCGACGAAGAAGGCGACAAGUAUCUCUAUCUCGACCAGGUGCGAUGGGUAGACAGCGUCAAAACCGUCAAGGGUCUUCGAUGGCACAGUCCCAUGCUAGACGAUAUCUCGGGCGCAAAGAACUGGAGCAAAGUCGAGAGCGGAAUGAAGAAGAUGUUUGUCAAGGAAGUCCUUGGCAAAUUGCCGAUUAUGCAGCAUUUCUUAUUUGGAAGUUUGAUUGCGGCGUCGCCGGAGAUGGGUCAGUUGUCGGAUGAAGCGACAUCAUCUGGACAGCAGGACCAGCAAGGUCAUCCUCACGAUCAUAAUCACACGCAUGGUGACGACUUUUGGGGGGAUUGCUGCGGUAUCAAAGUUCCUAGUACGAUAGCAGCAGGUGAGGAGAUGAGGAAGCGUAUGGGUGGUGGGGGGUUACGACCGAUUCCGUUCGAUUGA